CGCGGAGUAUAAACGAGCGCCACAAGUUGAUCGGCAUUUCACAAGUAUCACGGUCGUUGGAGCAACAGCCACUCUUUACGUAUACCUCCUACUGCAGCGGACUUCGCAUUCAGUCGGGAUAUCCAUCGUAUGUUCACAGGAAACAUGAUGGUGGGAGCUUCGGUGGCGUGUGGUUUGUUGGUUGUGAUACUUGUGUGCACCAUCCCAGCAUCGUUAUCUGCACCUUAUCCAUUGUUACAAGGGCAAAAUAACGCGUACUUGUCAUCAGAAAACGAUGGAGAUCCUGAAGUUAUGUUGGAAUUAUUGGCCCGAAUAGGCCAAAAUAUCAUGAGAGUUAAUGAAUUGGAAAAUUCUAAGCGUGGGCUUGAUUUGGGCUUAAGCCGAGGCUACUCAGGCACACAAGCAGCAAAACAUUUAAUGGGCAUGGCAGCGGCUAAUUUUGCUGGUGGUCCAGGACGCCGACGUCGCAGUGAUAUGCUUCCUAAGCUUCUUACACCUUAAACUUUUAGUUUGUUAAAAAUUAUAUUUACAAACUAUUUCAUUAAAAUAAAUACUAAAUAUUAUAUAAAUAUAUGAAUUAUAUAUAUAUAAUAUAAAUAUAUAUAUAUAUUUAUAUUAUAUAUAUAGACAUAUUACAAGUCAAUGAUUAUUAUAAGCAUAAUCCAUCCAUUGUUUUGUGAAUGUUAUCCCACCUUCAGUAGAAUGUUAACAGAUUAUAAAAUGUUAUAGAUUAGCAUAAUUGCUUACUGUACGUGUUUCUUUUAAUUAGACUAUUUAAAUUGUAAACUCAAUGACUUAAAAUGUUUAACUCUUAUUUUAUUUUAUGUCGAAAUACAGCAUUCCUGUUUUAAA